AUGUCGUCCAGAGUCACUCGCUCGCAAAGGCGCCAAUCCGGCAACACAAACACAAACGACACCUCGCCGCCUGCACCUCCCCCUCCCACUCAACAACCGCCGACUGUAGCCUCUCGUAAGAGGAAGACUGCUGUGCGGGACUCGACGCCAGAGCACCCAGACACGGCAGACACCGCCCCUACCCGUGGCACACGUAACAAGCGCUCCAAGGUCGACGAAAAAGACGCACCCGCCCAGCCACCAGGUCGAUCUAAGCGGGCCAAAGGCAAAGCUGCCAUGUCUUCAACUGGCCCACCAUCAGAUCCCAUUGAGGAAAAACCCACACCACAGCCCUCGAAGCGCACCAAGAGCGCCCGCAAGAGUCGAGGCGACAGCGCCCGUCAACCUACCAAGACCCCAGCCGCUGAACCCAACGCAGACGCUCCUUCCACAUCUCGGAGGAGCUCUCGGAAAAUCAGCAAGGCAGAUAUGGACGCCAUGAUGGACGACGCCCCCCCGCCCCCAACCGAUGAGGAAAUGCGCCAGUCGGGCGAGGAACACACUAGCGAUGACGAUGGCGACCCCCAUGGAGAGCGCUACGAUGAAGAAGACGACGAUGACGAUGACGACCCAUUCACAUCUGGCAGUUUCCUUGGACGCAAUUCACACAGCCUUGCUGCGCUUAGACAACUCACAGGUAUGAUGGCGGGAACUACACAGCGCCUACGGGGCAUACUCGACCAGCUCCGUUCGCCCGACUCGUCGGUCCAACUGAUUGCGCUCCAAGAUCUCUCUGAGGUGCUCCUCAUCUCCACCGAGGACAAUCUAGCUGGCCAUUUCUCCCCAGAUGCAUAUGUCAAAGAACUCGUCAAGCUAAUGCAGGCGAAUGAGUUUACCGGGGAAGAAAACCCUGAGAUCAUGCUGAUUGCGUGUCGAUGUCUGGCCAACCUGAUGGAAGCCCUGCCCCAGGCGACUGCCAAUGUCGUCUACGGUGGCGCCGUCCCCGUUCUCUGCUCAAAGCUGCUGGAAAUCGACUUUAUCGAUCUUGCUGAGCAAUGCCUUAGCACACUGGAAAAGAUCUCCGUCGAAUUUCCCGGCGUCAUUGUUCGCGAGGGCGGCCUGACUGCGUGUCUGACCUUUCUCGAUUUCUUCGCCACCAGCACACAACGUGUGGCUGUCACUACUGCUGCGAACUGCUGCCGUAACAUUCCGGAAGAUUCGUUCCCAGUGGUCCGCGAUGUUAUGCCUAUUCUAGAGAACAUUCUAAACAACAACGACCAGAAAGUGGUUGAACAAGGAUGCAUUUGUGUUUCGCGCAUCGUCCAGAGCUUCAAGCAACAAGAGAGUAGGCUAGAGGAGCUGGUCAGCACGAACCUUCUCCAGGCCAUCCUACGCCUUUUGCUCCCCGGCAGCACGAACCUUAUAGGGCCUAACAUCCACACCAUGUUCCUUCAGGUUCUCGCUUACACCGCCAAAGCCAGCCCACGGCUGUCCGCAGAGUUGCUCAAGAUGAACGUGGUGGACACAUUGUACCAGAUUCUCACUGGAGUCUCGCCACCGAGCGGCACCGAAGACGUUGCGGCCAAGAUAGAUUCCGUGGUCAUCAUGCAAGCCCUCAUUCAUCGGCCCAAGGACCAGGUCUACGAAACACUGAAUGUCAUUUGCGAGCUGCUGCCCGACGUGCCCAGCGAGGGUCUUACAUACCUUGACGAUCUUUUCGAUGCCGGCUAUCCAGGCGAUGAUCUUCUUCCACUUUCCUCGACGAACAAAAAGACCAACAAUGAAAAGCGUGUCGAGUUACUGGAAGGGUGCAAGGCAGAGGUUAAGCGCUUCGCAGUCAUUCUCUUCCCAACCCUGACGGAUGCUUAUUCGAGCACUGUCAAUCUCAGUGUCCGACAAAAGGUGCUUACUGCACAUCUGAAGAUGCUUUCGAACCUAGAUACCGAGAUUUUGGAAGAAGCUCUGCGAUCUGUGCCAUACGCCUCGCAUUUGGCGUCUAUAUUUACGCAACAAGAUCAUUCGUCAUUGGUCACCUACGCUUUGCAGGCUGCCGAGCUGCUUCUCAAGCGUUUGGAGCCAAUCUAUCGCUACCAAUUCUACCGCGAAGGCGUCAUUUCCGAGAUUUCGCAACUUGCAAAUCGACCCUGCAAGACGCUGGACGUUCGUAACCGAGACACAAAGCCCGCCCUGGAUGCCGAUGGCGCCAGCAGCACCUCUUCGGCAGAACCCGAGGCCGAGCCAGACACUGCUCAUAUGAAUGAGGGUGCUGACGUGGAAAUGCAGUCUGACGACGGGGAGGAUGUUGACGUUGAUGACGAUCUGAAUGAAGGCAGCCAAAACCGAGACGAGGAUGACGACUCCGAUUCAUCUUCGUCUUCUGAUCAACGCCAGCCUCCGCCAAUGCCCAAUAUCGAAGAUAUCAUCACUCUCCGUGCCAAGAAGUUCCUUGAGACUCAUGAGAAGGAGUCUGACAAAGCCACGCGCGACAGGGCAUCUGCGGUUUUGGAUGAUCUGAAAUCGCUCGCUUGUGAAAUCAGGACGCGUGUGUCUGAAGGUGCUGCCGGUGACUGCAUGAGCCUUUUCACACGCUUAGCAUCUUAUUUCGAAGGCGACGCGCUCGAAAGCAUUACUAGUUAUGAGCUCAAGUCGUCUAAAAUCGUUGAAGUGCUACUGGAUGUGUUUGCGACGCCGGAGGUUGGAAAGGAUGUAGACCCUAGGCCUCUUUUUCUGGAAGCGUUCAUGGGAGGUAGUGGUCAGAGCAAGAUCAAGACUGCAAGCACUGCGUCUCCAGCAACGCCAUUCAGUGUAUUGGUCCACAAGCUGCAAGACUUGCUCAGCCGAUCUGAGCAUUUCGAUGUGGUCACUGUCCAUCAAAACAUGUACGACAGCAGAGGGAGCGCAAGCUCCAUGUUAGCCAAACAGCUUAGACUGAAGCUCGUUGCUGAUGAUGAUUCGGGUAUUCCCAAGACUUAUCGGAACAUCAUGGUCUCAAUCCAUGCCAUCGCUACUUUCAAAGCUCUGGACGACUACCUCCGACCCCGAAUCAGCCUUGCAGACCGACCACCACGCCCGACUAAGUCUCGGGACCACUUGGAGGCCAUGUACGCUCAGGCUCUCGCGGAAGGUCGUGCGGCGCCGUCUCACACGCCAUCAGAGUCUACGAAUCGCCCUGCGAAGAAGACCUCGCGAUCCAAGGCAAGCCCAACUGAUUCACCGCAACCAGGACCUAGCUCAGCGACGCGAGAAAAGACGCGGCGAUCAAGUAGGCGACAGCAGGCACAGACCCCUCCGCCACCGCCACCGCCUCCAGCUAUGCCUCGCUCAAACAGCAGCCAAGACCCCGUCGAAUGCGCUGAUGAGGCACAGCUUUCUGAUCCUGAUUCUAUGGACGACGAGAGUGCCCUAAACGCCAUAGUGGAUGAUCUUGAAGAGGAACUUGACGAGGAUAUGCCAGACCCGUCCGCUGUUAAUGUCGAAGUCGCGUCAACAGGACAAGCUACUGCCCGUCAAGAAGAUGGCACUAGGGUUGCUACACCUGUGCAAGGCACAUCGAAGCCACCGACAGAUAACCGAACACCGGCGUCACGAUUGUCCGCGCUACUGCAGAGCUCCGCUCUGAGACAGAGUCUGGGUGGUGCGGCCACUGCUCUCUCAUAUGCUGCGGCUGUACAGUCGACUCCUCAAGACUGGCAUAUCGAGUUUAGCGUGAACGACCAGCCCCUCUCAAACGAGACGACCAUUUACCGUGCUGUACACUAUAACCAGCCGCAACCAUCGGAUGGCGCACAUCGCUCGGUGUGGAACGGUAUUCACACCAUCAAGUUCAAGCGUGUUCAAGGCCCUCCACCAAGUGAGCCCAGCUCUUUGACACCGCCACCCGAGUCAAAAUCCGAUGCUUCGGGCAUGCCCGCAUCGUUGGAUCAACAUCCUGUAACAUCUGGCAUCCUGCGAUUGCUCAGUAUACUUCAUGGGCUGAACUCGCACCUGGACGAUAUCCUAAUGGCGAACAAGCAACAUGUCAAGCUCAAUGCGGAACCGCUUUCGCAGUUUGUCAACACCAAGUUGACGGCAAAAUUGAACCGCCAGCUUGAAGAACCUCUUGUCGUUGCGAGUAACUGCCUCCCGAGCUGGAGCGAAGAUUUGGCUCGUUUCUACCCAUUCCUAUUCCCAUUCGAGUCCCGUCAUCUCUUCCUGCAAUCGACUUCUUUCGGUUACUCGCGAUCGAUGACGCGAUGGCAGAAUUCGCAGCCCACAAGCGAUUCACGUAAUGAUCGACACCGUGAUGAGCGUCCAUUUUUGGGCAGACUCCAACGUCAAAAGGUUAGGAUCUCCAGAUCUAGGAUACUAGAAUCUGCGAUGAAGGUCAUGCAACUUUACGGUCACUCUCCUAGUGUUCUAGAAGUGGAGUACUUUGAAGAAGUAGGAACCGGCUUGGGACCAACGCUGGAAUUUUACUCGACGGUAUCUCGCGAGUUUUCAAAGAAGAAGCUAAAGCUGUGGCGCGAAAACGAAUCCAACGAUACCGAUGAGUUCGCCUUUGGUAAGCGAGGACUGUAUCCUGCGCCUAUGAGCGCCGAGGAGGCAAGCACCGAGAACGGUGAAAAGCGUCUUGAGCUUUUCAAAGUCCUGGGCAAAUUCGUUGCUCGUUCAAUGCUCGACUCACGCAUCAUCGAUGUCUCAUUCAACCCGACAUUCUUCCGUAUCGGCGAUGGUAGCAGUGCAGCAGUCGUUCCAUCCCUAGGAGCCAUCAAGGCUGUGGAUGAAGGCCUAGCAAAGUCGCUGCUGCUACUCAAACAGUUUGCCGAUGCAAAGAAGAAGAUUGAGAUCAGCAAUAUAAGCGAAGCGAACAAGACAGCAGCUCUCCAGGAGAUCGUCAUUCAAGAUUGCCGAGUGGAAGACUUGGCCUUAGACUUUACACUACCUGGCUAUGGCUCAAUCGAACUCAUCCCCAAAGGCGCAGAUACACCGGUCUCAAUCGACAAUGUCGAUCUAUACGUGGACAAGGUCAUCGAUUUCACUUUGGGUUCGGGUGUGCAGCGCCAGGCGAAUGCUUUUCGUGAUGGCUUCACGGAAGUUUUCCCAUACUCAGCCCUAAAGGCCUUCACUCCGGAUGAGCUGGUAAUGCUGUUUGGCAGGACAGAUGAAGAUUGGUCGCUUGAGACUCUUAUGGAUUCCAUCAAGGCAGAUCACGGCUACAAUCUGGACAGUAAGAGCGUCCGCAAUCUCCUGGCCACCAUGAGCGAGUUCGAUGCGCAAGAGCGUAGGGACUUUUUGCAAUUCAUCACCGGGAGUCCCAAGCUGCCUAUCGGAGGUUUCAAGGCUCUCACACCAAUGUUCACCGUCGUCUGCAAGCCUAGCGAGCCCCCAUACACAUCGGAUGACUAUCUUCCCUCUGUCAUGACCUGCGUCAACUAUCUCAAGAUGCCAGACUACAGCAGCAUCACCGUACUUCGCGAGAAACUCAGCGUCGCCAUCCGUGAGGGUCAAGGCGCUUUCCAUCUUUCUUAAAUUGUGGUGUGGUGGAUGUGGAGGUGAUAUGAAUAACCUGGGGUUGUUUCCUUGGGCGUCGUCGGAACAUUUAUAUCCAUGGAUUCAGCUUGUAAUGCUUUUCCGUAUAGCAUAGAUUCAACGCUUCUCAUAGUGGGGUAUGCAAAGUAGUACUUGGUAUGCA